CUGAAGGACAUCUUCAACUUUGACGAAGCCGAGAAGGUUGUCGCAAAGUAUCCCUGCUGGUACCUCCAAAGCGUCCUCCUGCAAGGCUAUAUCUACAUCACACAACGUCACAUCUGCUUCUACGCCUACCUACAGAAGAAGACUGGUGUCACCAUCAAGUCUGGCUACCUUACCAAGCGUGGUCAACGCAACCCACGUUACAAGAAAUACUGGUUCGUGCUCAAAGGCGAUGUCUUGUCCUACUACAAGGAUCCUUCGACUCCCUUCUCUCCGCGAGAUGUUAUAGAUUUGCGAUACGGAGUCUCGGCAGAUAUCACACCGACGCAAGCACAGGAUAAGGAAAUCGCUUCUUUCUCUGUCGUCACAGAUGCCAAAACAUACCACUUCAAAGCAGAGACUGCCUCGAGCGCAACAGAAUGGGUCAAACAGAUACAGAAGGUCAUCUUCCGCUCACGCAACAAUAGUGACAGCGUCAAAAUCUGCUUACCAGUCGAUAACGUUGUUGACAUUGAAGAAAGCAACUUCCCAGACUUCGCCGACACUAUCAAGAUUCGAGUUAUUGACAACGACGAGACUUUUGCUGUCGAUGAGUACUUUUUCUCUUUCUUCGGCUUUGGUGAGGAGGCGCUUCGUGUGCUACGAAGCUUGACCCAGGAGACAAGCGCGCAACGAAAUGUCACGGCCACUCUGUCCCCAGCCUCUGGUCUUACUUCUAGAAGUGCUCGGUCAAGUAGCGAGUUGGAACGUUCUACCCUCGAUCUCACACACGAAAGAGAAGAGAGCACUUCCAGCCCAAUCACAAAAUGGCGAAGUGGUCAGAAGCAAAAGCAGUGGGAUCAAUUUCCACGAGAUGCUUCGGAGUCAAAUGUGUCCUCCUCCGAUCAGGGAAAUGACAGCGAGAUGUCAGAAUCGGCAACUGGCACGGAUGCUUCGGGUAGCCACAUACUGAGUGGAAGCGUCAUGUUCCAUAAGCCAACCAUCGGGAAGCAUCACGCUGACAACGUUGCAUCGCAUAACGCAAACACGCAGACGGAUGUACCGUUUGCUCCAGCUAAGAGAGCUGGAAAAGAACCUGGAGCCAACACUCUGACAAAGAACUCACCAGACACACAAGCGCAAGACAUGCAACAAUCAGAUUCUUCAACACUGGGAGGACUGAUGAAGGUCGGCGCUGUCCCUAUUCAGCGUGCCUCGGGCUUCCUGUACAACUCUGGUAAGCGUGUCAGUGGUCUGUUUGGAGGCACGCCCUCAGAGUACUAUGACAAGUUUUCCGGCAUGAUCGCUGGUGGUAAAAAGCACUACGCCGAAGCAGACGAACUGCAGCCUGGAGAAGAGGUGCAGGAUUCUGAAGAUGAGAUGACUGUUCGCGAGGCUGAAAAGAGCUUCCGAAGCCAUUUUGCUCUGCCAGAUUCCGAGAAGCUUGUAGCAACAUUCUUUGGUUUCUUCCACCGAGUGUUGCCCCUGUACGGCAAGUUAUACGUUGGAAGCACUAGGCUAUGCUUUCGUAGCUUCAUGCCUGGAAACUGGACAAAGCUUGUUGUUCCGUUCAAGGAUAUUAUGGACGUUGACAAGGAAAGAGGCUUUCGCUUCGGGUACUCGGGCAUGGUUAUUGUAAUCCGAGGGCACGAGGAAAUCUUCUUCGAGUUUGGCUCGCAAGACCUACGCGACGACUGCACAGUCACUCUCUUACGUUCUCUUGACUCGAUGGAGCCGUUUCAGGAAUCCGUCCUGCUCACAGAGGAAGAGAAAAAGGAUGCCGAGGCAGCAGCAGCAGAGAACCUCCUGUUGCAAGAAGCUCGCCAGGGUGAUCGUGGUGAUCACGACUCGUCAGCCGUUUCCUUUGACGAUCCAGCAGCCUCGGUCCUCGAUUUCAAGCCUGAGGAGUCUUUGCGCAUCACUUGUCUGACCAUUGGGUCUCGCGGAGACGUACAGCCAUAUAUAGCCUUGUGCAAGGGCUUGCUUGCCGAAGGGCACAGACCAAAGAUUGCCUCUCAUGCUGAAUUUGGUGAUUGGGUACGAAGUCACGGAAUUGAUUUCGCACCGGUCGAAGGUAACCCGGCAGAGUUGAUGGCACUUUGCGUUGACCACGGCAUGUUUACGCCCUCUUUCCUUUAUGAGACAAACCAGAAGUUUUGGCCUUUCGUCAAAGGUCUCCUCAAGACAGCCUGGGCCGCGUGCCAGGAUUCGGAUCUAUUGAUUGAGAGCCCUUCCGCCAUGGCUGGAAUUCAUAUUGCGGAAGCUCUUGGUAUUCCCUACUUCAGAGCCUUCACUAUGCCCUGGACCAGGACACGUGCCUAUCCUCAUGCUUUUGGUAUGCAGAAUAGCAGGAUGGGCGGUGCGUACAACUACAUGACAUAUGUCAUCUUCGAGAACAUAUUCUGGAAAGCCACAUCGAGUACGAUUAACAGAUGGCGCAAGGAAGACCUAGGUCUAAAGGCCACCAGCAUGGAGAAGAUGCAGCAGGACAAGGUGCCGUUCUUCUACAAUUUCUCGCCCAGCGUGGUUGUUCCACCUCUCGACUUUGGCGAGUGGAUCCGAGUGACCGGAUAUUGGUUCCUUGAUGAAGCAGACAAUUUCACUCCUCAGAAGGAGCUUCUCGACUUUAUCAAGAAGGCACGCACAGAUAAGGCGAAGCUUGUUUACAUCGGCUUUGGCUCGGUGGUCGUUCCUGACCCAAAGAAGCUUACUCUGGAUAUCAUCGCUGCUGUUAAGAAAGCCGAUGUUCGCUGCAUCCUUUCCAAGGGCUGGUCUGACCGUAUGGAUAAGAAGGAUGCCAAAGCACUCGAGGUGCCUUUACCAGACUUCAUGUUCCAAAUUGCGUCUGCUCCGCACGAUUGGCUGUUCCGACAAGUCGAUGCUGCUGUUCAUCAUGGCGGAGCAGGUACCACAGGCGCCAGUCUCCGCGCUGGCAUACCAACCAUCAUCAAGCCCUUCUUUGGUGAUCAGUUCUUCUUUGGCAGCAAAGUCCAAGACCUCGGAGUUGGACAAAAGGUCCUGACCGUCACCGAGAACGCGUUGGGUAAAGCGAUAUGGAUCGCGACGCACGACUCACGCAUGAUUGAGAAGGCCAGGGUUCUGGGAGAGCAGAUUCGAUCCCAAGACGGAGUCGGCACGGCCAUCAAGGCCAUCUACCGCGACAUGGAGUACGCAAAGACACUGGUCCAACAACGUGUGGCCAGAGCAGCGCAAGCUGAUACGGAUGCCGAAGACGAGGAAGAAGUGGAGGUCGAAGACAGCUGGACAUUGGUGGAGAAUGACUCUGAUCCAGACGCGACG